AUGUCUGCGCAGCAGGAAGAGAAUCAGCAGCAGCAGCAGCAACAGCAACAGCAGCAGCAACAGUGGCUGCCCAUAGAAGGCACUCCUGAGGUGCUAGAGCCUUACUUGGUUGCUCUGGGGGGCCCCCAGGGGGGCCCCCAGGGGGCCCCCCUGCUGCAGGUUGAAGAUGUUCUUGCAUUAGAUGCGUGGGCGCUGGAUAUGCUGAGGUGUACAGACACCGUAGGUUUGCUGCUGCUGUUUCCUUUAACAGACAGAGAUGAAGAAGAAAGGCUGCAUCAGCCGAUGCCUGAAGAACAGCAGCAAAAUGAUGCAGAGAUAAGCAAGACUGUGUGGGGACACAUGGGCGUUAGACCCUGCGGGUCGCGGUGCUGCAUUAGAGACAAACGCUAG